AUGGCUGAAAUUCUUCUUACAGCAAUCAUCAAUAAAUCCAUAGAAAUAGCUGGAAAUCUACUCUUUCAAGAAGGGAGCCGCUUGAAUUGGUUGAAAGAGGACAUUAAUUGGCUUCAGAGAGAAAUGAGACACAUUCGAUCAUACAUAGACGACGCAAAGGACAAGGCAAUUGGAGGCAAUUCAAGGGUGAAAAACUUGAUAAAAGAUAUUCAAGAACUGGCAGGUGAUGUGGAGGAUCUCUUAGAUGACUUCCUUCCGAAAAUUCAACAAUCCAACAGCACAAUUUGUCGGCUUAAGACUGCUUGCAUCCCUUCUCAUGCUUCUUUUGCCGAUGAGUUUGCUAUCGAGAUUGAGAAGAUAAAGAAAAGGGUUGCUGACAUUGACCGUGUAAGGACAACUUACAACAUCAUGGAUACAAGUAACAACAAUAAUGAUGAUUGCAUUCCAUUGGACCAAAGAAGAUUAUUUCUUCAUGCUGAUGAAACAGAGGUCAUCGGUUUGGAUGAUGACUUCAAUAUGCUACAAGCCAAAUUACUUGAUCAUGAUUUGCCUUAUGGAGUUGUUUCAAUAGUUGGCAUGCCCGGUUUGGGAAAAACAACGCUUGCCAAGAAACUUUAUAGGCAUGUCCGUCAUCAAUUUGAGUGUUCGGGAUUGGUCUAUGUUUCACAACAGCCAAGGGCGGGAGAAAUCUUACGUGACAUAGCCAAACAAGUUGGACUGGCGGAAGAGGAAAGGAAAGAAAACUUGGAGAACAAAGUACGAUCACUCUUGAAAAUAAAAAGGUAUGUUAUUCUCUUAGAUGAUAUUUGGGAUGUUGAAAUUUGGGAUCAACUAAAGCUUGUCCUUCCUGAAUGUGAUUCAAAAAUUGGCAGUAGGAUAAUUAUAACCUCUCGAAAUAGUAAUGUAGGCAGAUACAUAGGAGGGGAUUUCUCAAUUCACAUGUUGCAACCUCUAGAUUCGGAGAACAGUUUUGAACUCUUUACCAAGAAGAUCUUUACUUUUGAUAACAAUAAUAAUUGGGCCAAUGCUUCACCAGACUUGGUAAAUAUUGGUAGAAGUAUAGUUGGGAGAUGUGGAGGUAUACCGUUAGCCAUUGUGGUGACCGCAGGCAUGUUAAGGGCAAGAGAAAGAACAGAACGUGCAUGGAACAGGUUACUUGAGAGUAUGAGCCAUAAAGUUCAAGAUGGAUGUGCUAAGGUAUUGGCUCUGAGUUACAAUGAUUUGUCCAUUGCAUUAAGGCCAUGUUUCUUGUACUUUGGUCUUUACCCUGAGGAUCAUGAAAUUCGUGCUUUUGAUUUGACAAAUAUGUGGAUUGCUGAGAAGCUGAUAGUUGUAAAUAGUGGCAAUGGGCGAGAGGCUGAAAGUUUGGCGGAGGAUGUCCUAAAUGAUUUGGUUUCUAGAAACUUGAUUCAAGUUGCCAAAAGGACAUAUGAUGGAAGAAUUUCAAGUUGCCGCAUACAUGACUUGUUACAUACUUUGUGUGUGGACUUGGCUAAGGAAAGUAACUUCUUUCACACCGAGCACAAUGCAUUCGGUGAUCCCGGCAAUGUUGCUAGGGUGCGAAGGAUUACAUUCUACUCUGAUAAUAAUGCCAUGAAUGAGUUCUUCCGUUCAAAUCCUAAGCCUACGAAGCUUCGUGCACUUUUCUGUUUCAUAAAUGACCGUUGCCUAUUUUCUCAUAUGGCUCAUCUUAAUUUCAAAUUAUUGCAAGUGUUGGUUGUAGUCAUCUCUGCUGGUGAUUUACUGAGUAUGAGAUUCCCAAACACGUUUGAGAAGACGAGUUGCUUACGCUAUCUGCGAUUGGAGGGGAAUUUUGAUGGGAAACUGCCAAAUUGUAUGGUGAAGCUCAAACAUCUAGAGACCCUAGAUAUUCGUAAAAGCUUCUUUAUUAAACUUCCUACUGGUGUUUGGAAGUCUACACAAUUGAGACAUCUUCGUUCUAUAGGUUAUAAUCUAGCACCUUACAAUUACUUUUGUAUAAACCCAUUUUUUCCAAACGUGUACUCAUUGCCUCGUAAUAAUCUACAAACUUUGAUGUGGAUGGAUGGUUUUUUUUUUGAACCAAGAUUAUUGCACCAAUUGAUCAAUUUAAGAAAACUGGGUAUAAAAGGAGUAUCUGAUUCUACAGUUAAGAUAUUAUCAGCAUUGAGCCCUGUGCCAACGGCGCUGGAGGUUCUGAAGCUCAAAGUUGACAGGGUGAGUGAGCAAAUAAACUUGUCGUCGUAUCCAAAUAUUGCUAAGUUGCAUUUGAGCGGAACAAUUCCCUUGAACUGUGAAGCAUUCCCUCCAAAUCUUGUCAAGCUUACUCUUGUCGACUUUGACGUAGACAGUCAUGUAGUGGCAGUGCUUAAGAAAUUGCCCAAAUUAAGGAUACUUAAAAUGUAUUGGUGCAACCAUAUGGAAGAAAAAAUGGAUCUCUCUGGUGAUGGUGAUGGUGAUAGCUUUCUGCAACUUGAAGUUUUGCAUAUUGUGUAUGCACGUGGGUUGUCUGAAGUAAGUUGCAGGGAUGAUAUGAGUAUGCCUAAAUUGAAAAAGCUAUUUUUACUUAUAGAUACCACUUCCGGCGUUAGGCUCUCGGAACGUCUUGCAAAGCUGAGAGUAUGA